GCCGUGUAUCUCUUUCUGUCUCUGUCUGUCUUUCUCUCUCUCUCUCUCUUACUCAGUCUCAAGUGUACACAAUCUAGUUGCAAAAGAAAAGCUUUAUUUUAAAUCGUUGAUGCGCGACGACUGGCUACGCAUUUCCCUUGUACAACCGCACGCUCGCAACCGUCUUCGCAAUUGGUCAUCAGUUCAAGCUGAGACUCUGGCUACUGAAAACAUGUGCUUGAAGAAACGUUCGAGAGGCCAAUUCUGAUUGUUGCCUUACUAUUUACAAGUGUUUUUUUAUACAAGUGCUGCUGUUGUUGUUAUUUUAUCUUGCAAGUGAGGUGAAGAGCGAGUGACACAGCAAGAUGAAGUUCAAUUCGACAUUGUUGAUACUGUUGUGUGCUAUUAAUCUCAUUGCCGCUGGUUCUACAUCGAGUGGUUGGUCUAAAAGGGAUAAUCGUCGCUCAGCAAACUCAACUUCAUUGACAACUACCACUACUACUACUAGUUCUCCGGAAGAUAAAUAUGAUUAUGAUGAUGAAUGGUUCAUGUGGAGGUGCUAUCCACCGUUCGGAUGUUUUUACAUUGGUUCGCCUUGGUCAGGCGGAAGCAGGCCAGUGUCUACUUUUCCUGUCAGACCAGAAACUAUCAAUCCUCUUUUUAUGCUCUAUACCAGGCUUCAUAUCGAUGAUCCUCAUGAGUUAAUUAUCGAUGAUAUUAAUUCGAUUAAAGAAUCUCCUUUGAGAAAACAUGAAAAUUUGUACUUCAUUAUUCAUGGCUAUUUGGAUAAUGGAAACAAAACUUGGGUGCUGAGAAUGAUGAAAGAAUUACUCUUGCGGGAAGAUGCUAACGUAGUGGUCGUUAACUGGAUCGGAGGUGGAGGACCACCGUACACCCAAGCGGUAGCGAAUACCAGACUCGUUGGAGCAAUGAUAGGUCGAUUAGCUUCGCAGCUAAUUCAAAAAGGUCAUGUUUUACCUCGGCGUUUGCAUUGCAUCGGACACAGUUUGGGUGCUCAUACUUGCGGUUAUGUCGGAUAUAAUUUGAGAGUUCAAUACGGUUACAAACUUGGAAGAAUAACAGGUCUCGAUCCUGCCGAGCCUCACUUCAGUAAUACAUCGCCUAUGGUGCGCUUAGAUCCCACCGACGCGGACUUUGUCACCGCCAUACAUACAGAUUGCAGUCCUUUCAUAAGCGGGGGGCUCGGGAUCAGCCAACCUGUCGCACAUAUUGAUUUUUUCCCGAACGGAGGCAGAAACCAGCCCGGCUGCAACGAGGGUGUUUUUAAUUCAAUAACACUGGAAAAAGGCAGUUUUUUCAGAGGCAUCAAGCGAUUUCUCGGCUGUAAUCACAUAAGAAGUUACGAGUACUUCAUAGAAAGCAUAAACACGGUGUGUCCGUUCUUAUCGGUGCCCUGCGCUUCAUGGGAAAAGUUUCAAAAUGGCAGCUGCUUCGAUUGCGUCGAGCAGCACUGUCAUAGAUUCGGCUUCAACGCCCAACCAGGAAAUUAUCACGCUUCGGUUUAUUUGAUGACGGCAAAGGACAAGCCGUUCUGCAAGGCGCAUUACCGAGUGUCCAUCAGCAUCUCGAGGACCAACGAGAGCCUGAGCUACGGCGGCGAAGUGGGCAUGUUCGUGAUCCGCGUGAUCGGGCCCAACGGCAAGAUGACGGACAAGCUCGCGCUCAGCGAGAACUCCAAGUACUACGAGGCCGGCACGAAGCACACCGUGGUCAUACCCGGCGAGGUCGUGGGCAAGGUCGAAGCGGUCGAGAUCACCUGGAGCUAUCAGACGUCCAUGUUCAAUCCGCUCACGUGGCGGCUGCUGCACAAGCCCAAAGCUUACAUCGAUUAUCUCACGAUAAAGAGCCUUGAAUUCCAUAACGAGAUUACCGUCUGUCCGGGAAAUUCGAAGGCCUUGGUGGCGAACGAGCCUCAGAUCUUAAAAGUGGAAAAUUGUGUUUACAGCGGCAUGAACUUAGUCACGACGUGAGAUGCUACCCGUGAUCCUGCAGCAAGAUUAGAAUAACAUCCGCGCAGCAAAGAUCUGCGAUGGCCUUUUUAAUAGCUCGAGUUCGACUUUGAUCGAGCUAUAUUAUGCGUUAUCGCAAUGAUCAUUUGUGAGUAUAGAUUUUAAUGAAAAAAUUGUAAUAAAUUAUUGAGAACCUUAAGCUCUCCACCUUAAUUUAUGAUAAAUAGGUUAGUUAAGUAUAAAUCGAAUGUGCAUAUCGACUGUAUGUAGUAUUACAAUAACUAACGAUAAAAAAUGAAGCAUGAAAGUUUUAUGAUAACAUUUCAUUACUAUCGUGUAGAAACAUGUACUGCAUUAUGGAUUUGUACGAUAUCACGUUAUUACACCUGUUUGUCAUGUAUUACUAAAAAAAAAUGAAAUUUCUAAACGAUGUUAAUAUGACUAGAGAGGGGCAAAAUAUAUAUUUCAUUUUCUCACUUGGAACGAAUAAAUCUUAAAAUAACAAAAUUUCUCUGUUUUCUGAAAAUAUCUGCACCGUGAAAGUAUUCGUAAAAAUGCUAAACUCUAGUCAUAUGAGCACACUUCUUGUGUCAGUCGUGUACACGUUUAAAAAAGAUGAUUGAUUAAUUGUAUAGAAAGUAUA